AUGGUAGGAAACCUGACUUCCAAAACAGCUGACAACGCCAUCAAUUUACAUCCUAGGAUUCAAAAGGAUUCAAUUGAGGUGUUGUGGAGCCCUCCCAUAGGUGAUUGGAUCAAGUGUAAUAUCGAUGGAGUGGCAGCCGGUUCUCCCUUACUUACGGCAAGUAGUGGUAUCUUCUGUGACUCACAAGCUAACCAUAUCAUUAGUUUCAGUGUCUCCAAUGGUGCUGGUUCUCCUGCUAUGGCCGGAUUCUUAGCUGCCAUAAUUGCUAUAGAGAAAUCAAUGCAAAUGAAGUGGACUAAAUUAUGGUUGGAAAGUGACUGUGUUCUUGUUGUUAAGGCUUUUUCAAACCCUAACCUAGUGCCGUGGAAUAUAAAGUCUUGUUGGCUUACAUGUUGGGCUUUUUCUAUGUCCAUCGAUUUUAGAAUCACGCAUUUAUACUGUGAAGCCAAUUUUUGUGCGAAUAAUUUAGCUAAUAUCGGCUUAAAGAGCAAAAGUUCAUCUUGGUUUAAUUUUGUGCAUAGUGAUGUUAAUUUGAAUUACUUGUUAGACAAGGCGGGAACCCCUAGGCUUAGGCUUGUUCUAUAA